GGGUUUUUUUAUUAUGAUUUUACCUUUCUCUUCCCCUGUGAAUGAAAUACAGCAUUGUGAUUAGUAAUCCCACUCUGGUGACUUGACUUUAAGUGUGGUUUUGGAGGAUAUCCCAGAGUUCUGUUUGUUAAUCUUGCUACUCCUGUGUCAGACACCGCUGGAUACAGAGCAAAGAGCCCUGAGAGCUGCUGCACUUUUCUCAUACUUGUCUUGCUUUUUCACCUUGUCUGGGGAGCACGCCAAUGGAUACCAAGCUCAUAUGUCUGUUUUUUCUUUUCUCUGUGCCUUCCCUGGCAGUGGGAAACCAGACAGGGCGCAUCAAGGUGGUCUUCACACCCAGCAUCUGCAAAGUGACCUGCACCAAGCACCACUGUCAGAACAGCUGUGAGAAGGGAAAUACCACCACGCUUAUAAGUGAGAACGGUCAUUCUGCUGACACACUCACAUCAAGUAACUUUCGAGUAGUGAUUUGUCAUCUACCUUGUCUGAAUGGAGGCCAAUGUACUGCUCGAGACAAAUGCCAGUGCCCACCUAACUUUACCGGCAAACUAUGUCAGAUCCCAGUGCAAAAUGGCUUGCAAAAACAAUACCCGCAUCAACAGCCAGCCCAGAAAGCUACAGGAUCUCAAGUUAUUCAUUCUACUCACACAUUGCCCCUCACCAUGACGGGUCAACAAGGAAUUAAAGUUAAUUUUCCUCCAAAUAUGGUGAAUAUCCACGUGAAGCACCCCCCAGAAGCCUCUGUACAGUUCCAUCAAGUGUCCAGGAUUGGGAGUUCCUCAUCUACACAGAAGAAGGACAGCCAGCUAGGCCAGACACAGUUCUCUUACCACAGUGCCCAGAAACAUCAGUUACCCCACAACACAUAUCCCCGCCAGCAAUCAAUUCCAAAUGUGUAUCCAAUCUCAACCAGAAAUCAACUUGGGCGCUGUUUCCAAGAGACCGUGGGCUCACAGUGCGGCAAACCACUUCCAGGACUUUCAAAGCAAGAUGACUGUUGUGGGACAAUUGGCACAUCCUGGGGCUUUAACAAAUGCAUGAAAUGCCCGAAAAAACAAAGCCAUUAUGGACCUUCACAAAUCAUGGAAUGUCCUCAAGGGUACAAACGAAUUAAUGCCACAUUUUGUCAAGAUAUUAACGAAUGUCAGAUGCAAGGUGUCUGCCCUAAUGGUGAAUGUCUGAAUACCAUUGGCAGUUAUAGAUGCAAGUGCAAAGUGGGAUAUGUUCCAGAUCCGUCUCUGUCUUCUUGUGUUGUUGAUAAUAAUCCUAUUGUGUUUGAAGAGAAAGGUCCCUGUUACAGAUUUUUCAGUCCAGGAAAGCAGUGCAUGCACCCUAUCGCAGUGCAACUUAGUCAGCAGAUCUGCUGUUGCACCGUGGGAAAAGCUUGGGGCCCUCAUUGCGACAAAUGCCCUGUUCCUGGGACAGCUGCUUUUAAAGAAAUCUGCCCUGGCGGUAUGGGCUACACGGUCCCUAACAUGCCUAGGAAUCCAAUACGCGUUCCACCACCUAACAGACCCAUCACAGCACAACCUCCAAUUAGAACAACACGUCCACCAAUCGUUACAAAAGAAGAACCUAUUGAAGCACUCUCUGUCUCCGAGAAAAACCAUCCACACGUGCCUGAAAGGAAAGAUGAAGCUACAGAUGAUGGGCAGGCAAAUGUCCCAUUUGAAGAGAGACGUGUAGAAGGUGGACAACCCCAGUUUUCCCCAGGAAUUUCAACCCUGAACUUAGAUGGACAAUUCCCAGUUGUUGUAGAAAAAUCAUCACCACCCAUUCCUGUCGCACUGGCCCCAGAUGUGUCUACAGCAAGUGCUAGUCAAGUUAUCGCUCCUACUCAAGUAACAGAGAUCAACGAGUGUGCUGUAGAUGUUGAUAUAUGUGGAGAGGGUAACUGCAUCAACCUACCUGUAGGAUACACAUGUUUAUGCUUCACGGGAUAUAAGCUGAAUGAGCAGAAGACGAAAUGUGUUGACAUCAAUGAAUGCGCCAAGGAUCCCCAGAUCUGCUCCCAUGGCCGAUGUGAAAAUACAAAGGGAAGAUUCCUGUGCAUUUGUCAUGCUGGAUAUAUGGCUAAUGAACAGGGAACUGACUGUGUUGAUGUGAAUGAGUGUCUGAGACCACACGCUUGUGAGGAUGAUGGGCUGUGUUUUAACACAAUCGGUUCUUUCCGUUGUGAAUACUGUGAAAAAGGAUUCCGCAAGAACCAAAGGGGUGACUGUGAAGAUAUUAACGAGUGUCUGAAUGAAUUAUCUUGCCCACAUGAUAGAUGUGUUAACAGUGUGGGCUCCUAUGCUUGUGUUCCUUGUCCAGAUGGAUUCAAUGGACUAAAUGGACAGUGUUUUGACAUCAAUGAAUGCCAGGAAGAUACUUCACUGUGUGCCAAUGGUGACUGCUCCAAUCUAGAGGGAUCCUACAGGUGCACAUGUCAAAGGGGAUACGAUGUAACCUCCGAUGGCAAGGAAUGUAUAGAUAUAAAUGAAUGCCAGAGUGGAACGUUAUGCUUAAAUGGGCUAUGCCAAAAUACUGAAGGUUCAUUUGUGUGCUCCUGCCAUGAAGGCUAUCAGCCAGCUCCAUCUGGGGAUCAAUGCAAUGAUAUUGACGAAUGCCAAAAUACAGACUUGUGCAGAAAUGGACAAUGCAGGAAUACAAGGGGAUCAUUUACUUGCAUAUGUAAUCAAGGUUAUAAAGUGUCUGCUGAUGGAGAGCAAUGCGAAGACAUAGAUGAAUGCCAGGAAGAGGCUGAAGUCUGCCUUGGAGGGGGAAGCUGCCACAACACUGAAGGGUCAUAUGAAUGCACUUGUCCAGAUGGCUUCCUUCUGGUAGAUGGUAUACGGUGUCAAGAUAUAAAUGAGUGUGAGCAGCCUGAACUUUGCACUCCUAAUGGGGAAUGUCUCAACACUGAGGGCUCAUACCACUGCAUCUGUGAACAAGGCUUUACUACUACAGCCAAUGAAAGAUCAUGUGAAGACGUUGAUGAAUGUGCUAACACUACGCAGUGUGGCAGUCAAGGUAUUUGUGAAAAUACAGAAGGCUCCUAUCGCUGCCUCUGUUACCAGGGUUAUCAGGACUCCUUCGAUGGGCAAGGGUGUGUGGAUGUGAACGAGUGUGAAAUGCUGAGCGGAGUAUGCGGGGAGGCCCGAUGCGAAAACGUGGAAGGCUCAUUCCUCUGUCUGUGUGCUGACGAAAGCCAGGAAUAUGACCCUAUGACAGGGUAUUGCCGAAGCCACGAUGUGCAUGGCACCAACUCCUUUGGAGAGAGCAACAAUGAUAGUUUGCUUAAUACUUUCAGUCCCAGUGUUACCCAUGAUAAUACAGAGGAAAAUGAUGAAGAUUACAAGGACUGCUACUAUAAUAUCAUUGGGGACAACUUCUGUCAGAAUGUGUUGGCUGCCAACGUUAGCAAGCAAGAGUGUUGUUGUACAUUAGGAGCUGGAUGGGGAGAUAAUUGUGAGAUCUUCCCAUGUCCAGUCAUAGGUUCUGAUGAAUUUACAGAAAUGUGUCCAGAAGGAAAAGGCUACAUACCAUCAAAGGAGUCGAUGUAUGAGGGCAAUGAUAUAUCUUAUCAAGAUGCUGAUGAGUGUAUGUUGUUUGGAAAAGAAAUCUGCAAAAAUGGCUACUGCUUGAACACAGAGUCUAGUUAUGAGUGCUACUGUAAGCAAGGCACAUAUUAUGAUCCUGUUAAGCUUCAGUGUAUCGAUAAUAAUGAAUGUGAAGACCCAAGCAGCUGCAUUGAUGGCCAAUGCAUAAACAACGAGGGAUCUUACAGCUGCUUCUGCACACACCCCAUGAUUCUUGAUGAAUCAGGAAAAAGGUGUAUCCAGCCCAAACAAGAGGAUACAAGUGAGCCAACUGAAGACACAGAUGUUUACCAAGACUUCUGUUGGCAAGAGCUGAUUGAGGAAUUUGUGUGUAGCCAGCCUUUGGUUGGAAGACGUACUACUUAUACAGAAUGCUGCUGCUUAUAUGGAGACGCAUGGGGAAUGCAAUGUGCUCUUUGCCCUACCAAAGACUCAGAGGACUAUGCCGAACUUUGCAACCUUCAGUACAGGCCUUAUGGACAUGAUGCUCUUAUAGACCCUUACACAUCUCACGAUUCCACCCCAUACGAGAUUCCAGAACGUUAUAGCUAUGAAGAGCUGCAGGCAGAAGAGUGCGGAAUCUUAAAUGGAUGUGAAAAUGGAAGAUGUGUCAGAGUGCAGGAAGGCUAUACAUGUGAUUGCUUUGAUGGAUAUCAUUUGGACAUGGCCAAAAUGACUUGUGUUGAUGUCAAUGAAUGUAAUGAGCUGAACAGCAGGAUGUCCCUUUGCAAGAACGCCAAGUGUAUUAACACAGAGGGUUCCUACAAGUGUGUAUGUCUACCGGGCUAUAAACCAUCCGCAAAGCCCAACUAUUGCACAGCACUGAACUCCGACAAAGACGACAGUGAACUUGAGUAAAACAAUCCAAGAACCAGCUACCUUUAUUUUUCAGCCCAUAUACUCUGCACUGUAUAAAGGAAUGUGGACUGUGUAUGUUACUUGAGAAGAAGAUGGAACAGAAAUUAAACUUGAUGGUUUUUAUGAAAUGACAUUGAGCGCAGAAGAAUAUAGAGACUGUGAUGGUUGGCCUACUCCUCGCCAGUUUCUGAAUUGUUACAGACCAAACGGACUUGUUUUCUCUUUGGGGAAAAAAAAACGCAGAACCCAAGUGUAGUGUCUGAUUUUGCAUAAAUUUGAUGGAGAAAUGACAGAGCGUUAUUUUAUUUUUUCUGUUAUUUUAAACUGAAUGGUAUUAUUUUCUACUAUUGCUUUAUUAACUUGGCAUUUUAAUAGUGGUUGGAGCAUCCUGUAACACUUGCUGACUAUGCUGUACGUUGGAUCCUGUAUUACGGCAGAAUUAUCGAGAGGACAAUAUUUGUUUUUAGUUAUUUUUGCAAAUGUUUUCUAGGGCCAUUUUCUAAGAACUUCUCACAAGGUUAUACUAUACUUUUGGAAACCUAGGUCAGUGACUUUUAUAAAUCUGUGUCUGUCCUGUGGAGCAGGCAUCCUUCUGUUUUGAUUCCUGUCUCGGUUGAAAGAAAAUGCAGCAAAUGUUUUUUUUAACUCUUCUAUUGAAUUUUUACUGCACUUCAAACCUUUCAGACUUUACUUGCCAAGUUUCAGAGCUGCUGGAGAGAAAUGUUAACCCCUUCUUGUAAUUAGACACGUUUUUAUGUGUAAAUUGAUUAUGAAAAAGAUAUUUUUUUUUGUUUCGUAACAUAUUAAAGCUUUAUAUUAUAAACCUAAA